AUGACGCCAACACCAAACACUGCGCCAGGAAAACAAUCACAACCUGUUCUAUUGAGUAAAGAUAGUCCAGAUAUUGAGGUUAGUUUCUCUUCACAUAAAUGUUUAAUCUGAAAUUUUUUGUUUUGAUGCUCAGAAUUUUGAAAAAAAUCAAAGAUCAAAAGUACAAUCAUCAAAAAGUUUCAAAGAUUCAUGGUCAAUUUUUUUCUCCUAAAGAAAAGAAUUGAUAAGAAUUAUUUUUGCACGUGUGUAUAUGAUAACCAAGUCACGGUACACUUUUUAAUCUUAUCACUAAUUUUUCACCCUUCAAAAAUUCGUAUUACAGUCACUCCUUGAACUCAAUCCAAAAGUCAAAGCAACAGCAAAUGCGAUUCCAAGUUUGGUUACCAAGAAAAAUAAGUUGAACUGGAAGAGAAAUGCUGAAAAAGGAUGUGGAGCUGGAUGUGGAGAAUCAAAGUUGAAAAAUGAUUGGAGAGAUAUCAAACAUACCACUUUGAGUGAACGUGGAGCGCUCAAAGAAGCUUUAAGGUUAGAAUUUUCAAAUCGAAAAUGAAAAUUGGGUUUCCUGAUUAAACUUUUUGAAAAUUUGAAACUUUUGUUUAUUUCAGUACUGAAAAUUGCUUUCUAACACGACAGAAACAAAAAACUUUAAAUCCUGACGUUUUUGUAUAACGAUUAAAACUAGUUCUGGUUUCAAGAACCCAUACCUUUCCACUUUUCGUCUCGAUCGACGCAUAAUGAAAAAAAAAUUACAACGUCACAUGAUUUGAUAUUUUUUCGAAAAACCCCUCAUCAAUCAUAAUUUCUAUUUUCUAGAUGCCUUAAAUGCGCUGACGCGCCUUGCCAAAAAUCAUGCCCAACACAACUUGAUAUCAAAAGUUUUAUCACCAGUAUUUCAAACAAGAAUUACUAUGGAGCUGCCAGACAAAUUUUGUCGGAUAAUCCGCUUGGUUUAACAUGCGGAAUGAUUUGUCCGACAUCGGAUCUCUGUGUUGGAAGUUGCAAUUUACAAGCAUCUGAAGAGGGUGCGAUUAACAUUGGUGGUCUUCAACAAUAUGCAUGUGAUGUGAGGAUUUAUUGAAAAUAGAUAUGAUGUUUCAAAUUUUAUUUCAAAAAUUCAGAAGUCUACCAUGUUUCAAUUAUGAAAACUAGAUUGAAAAUUGUUCCCGAAAUUUGUUCCCAAAAUUCAAGAAAAAUUGAAAAAUUUUCCCAACCACAAUUGUUUUCAGGUGUUCAAAAAGAUGAACAUCCGUCAAAUUGUCUCCAAAGAAGUUCGUGAAAAUCGAAACGCUUCUCACGCUGAACAAAUUGCUCUUAUUGGAUGUGGUCCAGCAAGUAUUUCAUGUGCAUCAUUUUUGGCUCGUUUAGGAUACACUGAUGUCACAAUUUAUGAAAAACGUGAAUUUAUUGGAGGAUUGAGUUCUGCAGAAAUCCCACAAUUCCGUUUGCCAUAUGAUGUUGUUGAUUUUGAAAUUCAACUUGCUCGUGAUAUUGGAGUUCGAAUUGAAACUAACCGCUCACUUCAUAAAAAUGAUAUUACUCUUGAGAAAUUGAAGGUUUGUUUUUAAAUCAUCUUAUCUUUCAAAAUAUUUAUGAUAAGAUUAUUAUUUUUAGGCCAAAGGUGCAAAGGCCGUUUUUGUUGGAAUCGGUAAUCCAGAGCCGAAAGUUGAUAAGAUUUUCGAGGGGCUUUCAAUUGAAAAUGGUUUUUACACUAGUAAAAAUUACUUGCCUCUUGUUGCUCAAGCAAGCAAACCUGGACUUUGUGGAUGUAAAACUACACCAAUUCCAAGUUUACCCGGAAGAGUUGUUGUUUUGGGAGCUGGAGAUACUGCUAUGGAUUGUGCAACUUCUGCUUUAAGAUGUGGAGCUAAACGUGUUACGAUUGCUUUCAGAAAAGGUUUUACUGGCAUUCGAGCGGUUCCAGAAGAAGUAAGUUUUGAAAAUGCUUUCUGUAAAACUUUCUUUCUCAUUGCAUUUUUUCAGACCGAAGCAGCCAAAGAAGAAAAAUGUGAAUUUUUGCCAUUUGCAUCUCCAAGAUCUAUAAAUGUCAAAGAAGGAAGAAUUGUUUCAAUCACUUUUGCUAGAACUGAUCAAGAUGAUGAAGGAAACUGGGUUGAAGAUGAUGAACAAGUUAUGGUUGUCAAAUGCGAUUACGUAAUUUCUGCGUUUGGAUCAACUUUGAAAGAUAAUGAAGUUCUUCAAGCUCUCCAACCUUGUAAACUCAAUAAAUGGGGAGGAAUUGAUGUCAACUCAGAAACCCAACAAACUUCCGAACCAUGGGUUUUCGCAGGUGGUGACGUUGCUGGUGUUGCUGAAACAACCGUUGAAUCAGUCAACGAUGGAAAAAUUGCUGCUUGGGGAAUCCAUAAAUAUCUUCAAUCACUCCACGGAAACAAAGUUAGUGAUACUCCACAACUUCCAAAAUUCUACACUCCAAUUGAUGAAGUCGACAUUUCUGUUGAGAUGUGUGGUGUGAAAUUUGAAAAUCCAUUUGGAUUAGCGUCUGCGCCACCGACAACAUCUGGACCAAUGUGUAGACGCGCUUUUGAACAAGGAUGGGGUUUCAUUUUGACCAAGACUUUUGGAUUGGAUAAAGAUUUGGUGACAAAUGUUUCGCCAAGAAUUGUUCGCGGUUCUACCAGUGGACCGCUCUAUGGACCAAAUCAAACAUCAUUCAUGAAUAUUGAAUUGAUUUCGGAGAAAUCUGCAGCUUAUUGGCUUCAAUGUAUCAAAGAAUUGAAGCGAGAUCAUCCAACUAAAAUCAUCGUUGCUUCAAUUAUGUGUACAUAUACAAAAGAAGACUGGGUCGAACUUGCUCAGAAGAGUGAAGCUGCUGGAGCUGAUAUUUUGGAACUCAAUUUAUCGUGUCCACACGGAAUGGGAGAAAAAGGAAUGGGUUUGGCUUGUGGACAAUCACCAACAAUUGUGACAGAGAUUUGUAAAUGGGUUAGAGAAUGUGUUAAGGUGAGUUGAGAGUUAGCAAAACUCACUCACUUUAAAAUAUUUGUUCCAGAUUCCAUUCUUCCCAAAAAUGACACCAAAUAUCACUGAUGUUCGUGAAAUUGCUAGAGCUGCUCGUGAUGGUGGAGCCUGGGGUGUUACUGCCACUAACACCGUCUCAACUUUGAUGCAUAUGAAAGCUGAUGGAACAUCCUGGCCAGCAGUUGGAAUUCAUAAAAGAACAACUUAUGGAGGAAUGUCUGGAUCUGCUAUCCGUCCAAUUGCAAUGAAAGCAGUUUCCUCAAUUGCAAAUGAACUCGACGGUUUUCCAAUUAUGGCUACUGGUGGUAUUGAAAGCGCUGAAACUGGUCUUGGCUUCCUUAUGGCUGGUGCUUCUGUUCUUCAAGUUUGUUCAGCUGUCCAAAAUCAAGAUUUCACUGUUGUUGAAGAUUAUUGCACUGGACUCCGAGCUCUUCUUUACCUUUCUGGAGCUCAAUCCCUUGCUGAAUGGGAUGGACAAUCACCGCCGAUUGAAAAACAUCAAAAAGGAAAACCUGUUCUCGUACAAGGCUUGAAAGGAAAACCAUUCUUCGGAAAAUAUAGAGAGGAUCGAGAGAAAUUGGAAAGUGAGAAAUUGCAACAACCAACUUCUAAUACUGUGUCAGAUUAUCAUUUUGCUUCAAGACCUGAUCUUCAAGUUAGCAAAGUUCCUACUGUUGAGGAUGUUAUUGGAAAAGCAUUGCCUAGAAUUGGACCAUAUGUUACACUUGAUAAUAAACUUCAGAAGGUUGCCGUAAUUGAUGAUGUGAGUUUUUUUUAUACAUUUUGGAACUAUCUUGCAAUUCUAAAUUUCAAAGAAAAAUAAAACUAAAUAAAAUUGGGAUAAAAAAAUGUAUCUGAUGACCAGUUCUAUUUCUCAACUUAACAUUUAAAAUUCAACUUCAUAUUUCUGCAGGAUAUGUGUAUCAACUGUGGUAAAUGUUAUAUGACUUGCAAUGAUUCUGGUUACCAAGCCAUCACAUUCGAUGCCGUCACCCAUCAACCUCACGUCACAGAAGAUGAUUGUACUGGUUGCACAUUGUGCUACAGUGUUUGCCCAAUCCCUGAAUGUAUUCAAAUGGUCCCAAGAACCGGACCAUGGAAGGCACCAAAACGUGGAGUUCAACCAAGUUAUGAACCUGGAACUCCAAAAGUUGUCAAAGUUGAUGCGAGAGGUCGAGUUAUUUUGGAAUCAACUGGUGGAAUGCAGUAA